AGCCCGCUCUCCUUAUAUGCGAAAACGGGGAACGCCUCCAAAUCGCGCACUUCGUGCUCGUCGCCCCCCUGAGAUCAGCCCCCUGUUAGAUCUCUCCCUCUCGCCUUCUCUCUUUCUUCGGAUCGAUCCAUGGCUUCGAUCUCGGGGACGGUGACCGCUACCUCUGUUCGGCCUCGAUUGACCUCGCGGGCUCCGGUUGUGAAGGGUUUUUCUGGACUGAAAUCUGUUUCCUUUUCCAUUCAAAGGAAUGGCUUUCCAUCGGUUCGGUUGCAAGCAGCCCCGCGACGACUACGCUUUCAAGUUUCCUGUGCUCAGGCAAAACCAGAGACAGUGCAAAAGGUGUGUGAAAUAGUGAAGAAGCAGCUGGCGCUAUCUGAUGAUACCCCUGUAAGUGGUGAAUCAAAGUUUUCAACACUUGGAGCUGAUUCACUUGACACGGUUGAGAUUGUCAUGGGCCUUGAGGAGGCAUUUGGGAUCAGUGUUGAAGAAGAAAGUGCGCAGAGCAUCACGACAGUGCAGGAUGCUGCUGAUCUAAUUGAGAAGCUUGUGGAGGCAAAGUCUAGUUAGAUGAAUAAGAAUGUUCAAUUUUCAUCAAAAAAAGAAUAAGAAUGUUCGAGAGUGGAAGCUUUAUCAGGCUAGCAAACUCCGAGUGUCCUAGUUUUGUACUUUGUUGGCUAUGUGUGGUUCUUAUUUAAUUGUACUUCGUUGUUUCAAAUUGCUAAGGGACCAUAUCAAUCAGAUAUUCGGUUGGGUCUUCUAGUUAAUCUA